AUGUUUAAUAAAUCUGUGUAAUCAAAUAGAAACCUAUUAUAACUUCAUAGAAUAAUAAUGAACAAAUAAUCAUAGAAGGAGGAGAUUGACUAUGUUAGUAGAAAGAAUUCAUUAAAAUAUCCAAUAAAAGAGUAAAUAAACUUUCAAAAGAGCAAUAACUACUUUAACGCAAGGAAUUCAAUGGAUAGUCUAGAAUAGGUUUUUAGAGUGGAAACUAAUAAAAAGUUCAAAAGCCCAGUAGUUGUGCUACCAAAUAGAAAGCUUUUUGUUUCUUACAAAAAUAGUAGAAGAAAUUAUUAAUCAUCAAGUUAAGAACCUGGUCCAUCAAUACCAGGGGUUAAGAAAGCACAUGAUUAGGGAUAUCGAAUAAUAGUGAAUAGAGUUUCAAGAGUACCAACAAUAUAAAUAGAUCAAGAAUUGACAAAGGAGGGAUCAAAAAUAAUGUCUUCAAAAGACCCUAUAUCAUUUACUGAUUGGGUAGAAAGGAUUUAUGGUAAAGAAUGGUUCUAUUGA